AUGUAUCAUCUCACAACCCUCCUCGUAGCUUCUCUUUUUACAGCUCCCGCCCUCUGCAAAACGCUGUACAUCUCCCACUACGACGGCCACGUCUACACCCUCAACUUCGACGCCUCCAACCCCGAUCCCGACAGCAGUCUGACCCUCGUCAACACCCUGCAAACAUGCGGCUCAAUGCCUAGUUGGCUGGAGCUCGACGCCCCCACAGGACUAUUGUAUUGUGUCGAUGAAUCAGGCACGUCGCAAACAUCUGGGAAUGGGUCGUUGACGGCCCUCGACGUUACGGCGGCGACGGAGCCGGUUGUUAUUGCUGAAACGGAGACGUUGGCGGGUGGUGUUGCGAGUGUUAUUUAUGGAGCGGGUGAUGAUGAGAAAUUCAUCGCUAUAGCUCAUUAUGAAGGAUCAUCACUCUCAACCUUCCCCCUCCCACUAUCAAACACCAGCACAGCCCUACAAACCUUCCUCUUCAACCUCACAGGCCCCGUGACCGAUCCCUCACGCCAGGACGCGCCUCAUCCACACGAGGUCUUCCUGGACCCUACAAACUCAUACAUCCUCAGUCCAGAUCUGGGCGCAGACCUAAUCCGCAUCUUCGCCAUCAACUCUUGCGACGGGACUCUGACUGAAUGUGAUGCCUACUCAACGACACCGGGCGACGGACCGCGGCACGGCGCAUUCUCCCAGGACGGCGAGACGUUGUACAUAACCAACGAACUCGCGAAUACAGUCAGCACGUACACCGUCUCCUACAACACCACCACUACCACCACCACCAACGCCACAAGCGCCUGUGCAUUGUCGCUCGACUUACAACAAGAAAUCGUCCCUUCGCCAUCGGGGACACUACCGGCCUCCUUCGUCGCGGAAAUCCGUAUUCCCAAAAAUAGCACGAAUGUCUAUGUCUCUGUCCGCGGCGAUCAGUCCUUCGCUCCCGAUGACUCCGUCGCGUUUCUCGACGGCUCAUCAGAUGCGUCGGGCACACUGACAGCGAAGAAUUUGACGAGUUCGUUCGGCUCGUAUCCGCGCACACUCGUCAUCAGCGAGGAUGGGUCGCUGGUCGCGGUGGGCAAUCAGAAGUCGUCUUCUGUCGCGAUUGUGGCGCGGGACGGUGAGACGGGGGAGCUGGGUGCGUUGCUGGGUAGUUUGGAGGUUGGGAGUGUUUCGGCGGGGKUGAGUAGUGUUAUUUGGGGGUUUGAUUGA